AUACGCUAGGGCGCGUGCGCGUGCGCGGGCUGGCGGAGGCUGAAGCCGGCGAACAUGGCGGCGCGCGGCGGCCCUGGCUCUGUCCGAGAGGCCCCGGCCUGGGCCAGCCUGGGCCUUGGGCUGGGACUACUGCUGCUGCUGCUGCUGGCGCCCGGCUGCGGGGGCGCGGCCGACAAGCGCAUCGAGGAUCAAGCUGAGCAGCUUUUCAAGAGUGGACACACGAACAACUGGGCAGUGCUGGUCUGUACUUCAAGAUUCUGGUUCAAUUAUCGACAUGUGGCCAACACUCUCUCUGUUUAUAGAAGUGUCAAGAGACUCGGGAUUCCUGACAGCCACAUCGUCCUGAUGCUUGCUGAUGACAUGGCAUGUAACUCCAGAAAUCCUAAGCCGGCGACUGUGUUCAGUCACAAAAACAUGGAACUGAACGUUUAUGGAGAUGACGUGGAAGUUGAUUACAGAAGCUAUGAGGUGACUGUGGAGAAUUUUUUGCGUGUGUUAACGGGGAGAGUUCCACCUAGCACUCCUAGAUCCAAACGUCUUCUUUCUGAUGAUAGAAGCAAUAUUCUGAUAUAUAUGACGGGCCAUGGUGGGAACGGCUUUUUGAAAUUCCAGGACUCUGAAGAAAUCACCAAUGUUGAACUUGCUGAUGCAUUUGAACAGAUGUGGCAGAAGAGACGCUACCAUGAGAUGCUGUUUAUUAUUGAUACUUGUCAAGGGGCAUCCAUGUAUGAGCGCUUCUAUUCCCCCAACGUCAUGGCACUUGCCAGUAGCCAAGUAGGAGAAGACUCCCUUUCACAUCAGCCCGACCUUGCCAUUGGAGUCCACCUGAUGGAUAGAUACACAUUUUAUGUCUUGGAAUUUUUAGAAGAAAUUCAUCCGGCGAGCCAAGCGAACAUGAACGAUCUUUUUCAGGUAUGUCCCAAAAGUUUGUGUGUUUCGACUCCUGGACAUCGGACCGAUCUUUUUCAGAGAAAUCCUCAAAAUGUGUUAAUAACGGAUUUCUUUGGAAGUGUGAGGAAGGUGGAGCUCACCACAGAGACGGUUUCUCUGAGACCUGAUUUAAGCUCAAUGGGAUACAGUCACCUCAAAUGCCAGAAGGAUGAAGAGCUAGCAGAACCACUUAAUUACGCUGAACAGCUUCCUGUGGCUCAGAUAAUUCACCAGAAGCCUAAGCCGAAGGAGUGGCACCCGCCGGGAGGCUUCAUCCUGGGGCUCUGGGCCCUCAUCCUCAUGGUCUUCUUCAAGACAUAUGGCAUCAAGCACAUGAAGUACGUGUUUUAGCGGGACGUCCGCGGGGCUCUCAGUGCGGGGGAUGGACCGCACGCGUCCUGGAACUGGCGUCUCUCCAGAGCAUCAGACAGAGGGUGAGGAGGCCCGGGGAGCCUGCGCUUUGGGGGGCUUCUUCGUUGUAGUACAGUGUCAUACGUGAAACAUGUUCUGUGUUAAACGUGGGUGAGUAAAUCACAUCUUGGUUGAUAGUUUAAACUGUUAACUCUGCAGUGUGAACACUUGGAUCUAUUAAUAAAUGUGAAAAGCAG